CAAGGCUUUGCAGUCCAGCUCAGCCGUGUUAGCUAGGUAACACUUCAAUUGGUAAUCUGUCAGACUCUGCAGAGGAAAAAGUACACAGUUUUAUCCUCACACUCCUGGGAUGGACACUCUCCUGGCUCGCUGUCCUUUUUACAGCACAGAAGAUCCUCUGAUGUGAUUUCCACUUGCAGUUGUAAUCAAGGACGGGCAUGUGACCUAUGUCGCAACUGUUGAUCUGCCUCCACCAUGCUUCCAAGAGAGGACUGACAUUUGUCUCAUUCUAAUUCCUGGAGCCCCCUGAGCAGAGUUAAUGCCUGAUUUAAAAAGCUGCUGCUCUAAACCAAGUUGGUGUCCUGCUCAGGCCCUUUCUCAGCACUGCUGCAGCCCAGUGUGCUAACUGUUGUGGUCCUGGAGGCCAACUGAGCAAAAGGGGACACUGGAUGUACUGGAGGAUUAGACACUGCUGUGGGAGCUGGACUGGACCGAGAGAGAACAGACAGGCUCACAUGGACACACAUGAUGCUGUAGGGACAGUAGGCUCCCUGUUUGAGCCCCUGCUGCUUGGUACUUCUUUUUUUCUAUCCUGCAAUCUCAAAGGUUUGGAUGGUCGAGCACAAGGGCUACUUUGAAGGAGCCCACCAGUGGCUUAGGUUUGGCCGAAGCUGACAGACUGCCUGCCAGCUACUGCUGAUUUAGUACCCUCUGCCCAUUGCUACCAGUCCUCUAACCCCUUCACUGUGGUGAAUAUGGUGAGUGGAGGGUCGAGGCAGUGCAGACGUGGGAUUGAAUCCUUUACAUCACUGGUUUAGUUGGCUACCAUUUGCAUUUUUUGCACUGUGAAGACUUGCACCCUAUUGUGUUUUUUUUUUUUUUUUUUUUAAGGACUUUUAUCCUUUAUUGUGGGAAGAUAGGUCACAAUCAAGUUCAUAUUGUUUUAUUUUGACAAAGAAGACUGCUCCUUAGAGAAUGAAGCUGAGGAAACAGGUGACAGUGUGUGGAGGGGCCAUAUUCUGUGUGGCUGUGUUCUCACUUUACCUUAUGUUGGAUCGAGUCCAACAUGAUCCUGCAAGGCGUCAGAAUGGCGGGAACUUCCCAAGGAGCCAGAUCUCAGUUCUGCAGAACCGUAUAGAGCAGCUGGAACAGCUUCUGGAGGAAAACCACCAAAUCAUUAGCCACAUAAAGGACUCUGUGAUGGAGCUCACAGACACAGGAGCUGUGUCUCCCAGUGGCCACCUGCCCUUCAGGAGUGCCAAUGGUUCUUGGGUCCUACCAUUCGAUGGACGCCCCACCUUCCUCGCUGUAAAGCCCCAGGAUUGUCAGUUUGCUGUUGGCAGCCGAGGUCAAACAGACCUUCAGAUGCUGGAUGUGUACUCCCUGCUGAAGUUUGACAACCCUGAUGGUGGUGUGUGGAAACAGGGUUUUGAAAUCACUUACGACCCUGGGGAGUGGGAUAAUGAACCGUUGCAAGUGUUUGUGGUUCCCCACUCACACAAUGAUCCGGGCUGGAUCAAGACCUUUGACAAGUACUUUACGGACCAGACGCAACAUAUCUUAAACAACAUGGUAGUGAAACUGGCUGAGGACCCACGCAGGAAGUUCAUCUGGUCUGAGAUUUCAUUCUUCUCCAAGUGGUGGGAGAGUGUGGACAUUCAUAAGCAGGAGGCCAUGCGCAAACUGAUUCUUGGAGGGCAACUGGAGAUUGUGACAGGAGGCUGGGUGAUGACGGAUGAAGCCAACGCUCACUACUUUGCCAUGAUAGACCAGCUCAUUGAAGGCCAUCAGUGGCUGGAGAGAAAUCUAGGUGUAACUCCUCGCUCUGGGUGGGCGAUAGACCCUUUUGGACACAGUGCCACAAUGCCCUACCUGCUGAAGAGGGCCAACAUGACCAGCAUGCUGAUCCAGAGAGUCCACUACUCCAUCAAAAAACACUUUUCCUCUACCCGCAGCCUGGAGUUCAUGUGGAGGCAGGCCUGGGACCCAGCUUCAAGCACAGACAUCUUUUGCCACAUGAUGCCGUUCUACAGCUAUGAUGUGCCUCACACCUGUGGUCCUGAUCCAAAAAUCUGCUGCCAGUUUGACUUCAAGAGGUUACCAGGUGGCCGCGUAAAUUGUCCUUGGAAAGUGCCACCGAAAGCUGUGGUAGAAACCAAUGUGGCAGAGAGGGCGCACCUGCUGCUGGACCAGUACCGUAAAAAGUCCAAACUGUUCCGCAGUAAGGUUGUGCUUAUCCCUCUAGGGGAUGACUUUCGCUAUGACAAGACCCUGGAGUGGGAUCAGCAGUACAUCAACUACCAGAAGCUUUUUGACUACAUGAAUUCUCACCCCGAGAUGCAUGUACAGGCCCAAUUUGGGACUCUCACAGACUACUUCAAUGCUGUUUACAAAGUAAAUGGAGUGGCCCAGGGAUCCAGGCCUGCAGACUAUCCAGUGCUUAGUGGAGACUUCUUUGCCUAUGCAGACCGCGAAGACCAUUACUGGACUGGCUAUUUCACAUCUCGACCCUUUUACAAGAGCCUGGACCGUGUGGUGGAGUCACAUCUCAGGGGGGCAGAGAUCCUCUACAGUCUGGCAGUUGCGAAUGCUCGGCAUGCAGGCAUGGAGGGGCGCUACCCAGUCUCAGAUUAUGCCCUACUAGUUGAUGCAAGGCGAUCUGUCGGCCUCUUCCAGCAUCACGAUGGCAUCACUGGCACUGCAAAGGAGAAUGUUGUCACUGACUAUGGCACCAAGUUACUGCGCUCACUGAUUGGUCUGAAGAGAGUGAUCAUCAAUGCAGCUCAUUUCCUGGUGAUGAAGAACAAGGAGUUCUAUCGCUUCUACCAGACAGAGCCUUUCUUGGAGACGGAUGACCGGCGUGCUACUCAGGACUCUUUGCCCCAGCGGACUCUCAUUGAACUGGAUCCAGCAGGGCCAAGGUACCUGGUUCUGUUCAACCCCGUUGAGCAGGAGCGGCUGUGUGUAGUGACUGUGUUGGUCAACACAGUCAGAGUGCGGGUGCUCACUGAGGACGGACAGACCCUCCCUGUGCAGCUGAGCGCUCAGUGGAGCUCCUCUAGCCAAAUGAGCGCAGAGGUGUUUGAGGCAACCUUCAUGGUUCGUCUGCCACCCUUGGGCUUGGCUGUGUUCCAUCUGUAUGAUGCACCUGACUCCCCCAUGACACUGCGCUCUGACACUCUGCUACGGCUGUCUGGACGGGGUGUCAGUGCCCAGGCUGUGGACCCCUUGCCAGUUCGCUCUCAGCAAGCGGACCCGCAGACCUUCUACAUUACCAGCCAGUCACUCACACUGGGCUUCUCGGGAACCACUGGCUUGCUGGAGAGUAUCCGGCGUAAGGAUGACCCUCAGGAGGUUAAGGUUCAGAUGCAGUUUGUUACAUAUGGCACUCGCCCCUCUAAGGACAAGAGCGGGGCUUACCUCUUCCUGCCUGAUGGAAAAGCGAAGCCCUAUAACCAGAAAGAGCCACCUGUUGUGCGCGUUGUGGAGGGGCCCCUCUUCUCUGAGGUGGUGGCACACUACCAGCACUUUCAGCAGACCAUUCGCAUACACAAUGUACCAGGGGUGGAUGGCUUGUCCGUAGACAUCACCACCAUGGUGGACAUCAGAGAUCAGACCAAUAAAGAACUGGCCAUGCGGCUUGUCACUGACAUCCAGAAUGGGGAUGUCUUCUACACUGAUCUCAAUGGCUUCCAGAUGCAGCCCCGCCGGCACUACAUGAAGCUUCCCCUGCAGGCCAACUUCUACCCCAUGCCCAGCCUGGCGUACAUCCAGGACAGCCAUCACCGCCUCACCCUGCACACAGCCCAAGCCCUGGGCGUCACCAGCCUUGAGAAUGGCCAGCUGGAAGUGAUUAUGGAUCGGCGGCUGAUGCAGGAUGAUAAUCGUGGGCUGGGCCAGGGCCUGAAGGACAACAAGAAGACAGCCAACCGCUUCCGCCUGCUGCUGGAGAGGAGAUCCACUGGCAACAAGCAUGAUGGUUUCUUUGCCAAACUCUUCUUCUUGUUUCGUUCUUUCCUCUCCCAAAUCUUGAGAGGCGGAGUUCAAGAGAUGACCGACAGCGGAGCAAACAGCUUCCCAUCUUUGCUCAGUCACAUGACCAGUGCCAUCUUGAACCACGAGGUCUUAGCACUGCCAGUCCUUCCCAAAAAGCGCGGCGUGCCUCCCUUACAAACAUUCGCCCCUUUCAAAUCCAUCCUUCCCUGUGACUUCCACCUGCUGAACCUGCGCAGCAUCCAGAGCCAGCAGGACCCUCACUCUCCUUCUCCCUACGUGGCCCUGAUUCUUCACCGGAAGGGCGUCGACUGUGGCCUGGAGGCUCAGAACCUCGGCUUCAACUGUACCACUACACAAGGACAGCUGAGCGUGUCGGGGCUGUUCAGGAACCUGGACUUGCAGUUGCUCCAGCCCAUGGCCCUGACUCUGAUGCACUCGAGCCCUCCUCUGGCCAACGACUCCACCAUCAGCCUGGACCCCAUGGAGAUCUCUGCCUUCAAGCUCAAACUGCGCUAAGAGCAGCUCAGACCACCGAGGCAAUAAACCCCACCAGACUUUGACUCGGACAGAUACAUGGCCCUGGCCGGCCGUGUUCAGACUGGCACAGAGGGUCUGGGUCUCUCUGUUUUGUCGGCGUGUGUUUCCAGGGUGCGCGCCGAACCACUUACACCACUAGUCGGGGAAGCAGGGUCCACUGCGGCAGGACUGAGUGCACGGCAGGGGGCAGAUGAUAGCUGUUAUCGUGGCCGUCUCAGACAGUAAAGAAACCCUGGUGGGUUUUGCAGCUGUUCCAAAAAACCAACAAAAAAACAACUGCCUGAAUCACUCAUCAGAUACGACUGGGUAUCUGUUUUUCCACUGCAGUAGUUAGUGAAAAAAAGACAUCUCAUUUAGUUCUGUUUUUGCAAGAACUUUAUUAAAUGUGUCUUUGUAUCCCUGCUCCACCCUGGACUUACUACUGAAUGUAAAUACCAUAAUGACAGGGACCUGGGAUUUGUGCCACAUCAGAGUGCAAUUUACAAAGCUUUAUUUGGUGUAUGUUGGUUUUUCUUUUGCUUUUUCUUUUCUACCAGUGAAGGACUUCCUCUCCAGUGGAAAGGCCACACAAUUAUGUGUUUUUGUACUUGUAAAUCUUAUGACUGUGUUUUUUUUGGGUUUUUUUUUUUUUUGGUCUUUUUAUUUUUUUAUUUUCAUUUUUUUUUUUUUUUUUACUGAGCCGAAUGCAGCAGCAUAAUUGUACGACGUGAAUGUGUGAUCUGUUCCCCCCCCCCGAGGACCCCCCCCAAGCUGUGGCUCUCUAAACUGUUGUACGUCUGAGUUACAAUCUGCGAGUCCAAGUCACACUUUGGUCACUAUGCGAUGAUGAUGAUUUGGGAUCAUUCACUAAAUAAUUCCCGCCUUUUUAUUUUUUUUAUUUUUUUUAUUUUUUUUUGUUUACAGUAAUCAUAUUUCCUUUAUGAGUGACCGCUUCCUGCUGUCCUCCAUUUUUCCUUGUAGACUCUCUCGCACUUCUUUUUCCCCUUGUUUCUCCUUGCUUUGCGUCCUGACGAACUGGAAAGUCUGCUGGGAAUUUAAGUUGGAAGUGCGUGCCCCCCUUUAGCCAUUCCUGUGCUUAUCCUUGGUGCAUCAUCAGCGGGUGGGCGGUUUGUGUACUAUAUGCAGUAGAAGAAUCGACAAAGACGAUACCUCAUACUAACAUAUGGCAGAUAUAUCAAUGUAUGUGUGUCUUUCUAUCUAGCUAUCUAUAUAUAUAUCUAUAUAUUUGUAUAUAUGGAUAUAUAUACUGUAGAUAUAGUAUGUUGAUGUGAAUAUUUGAGAGGAUUUAUGGGUGUAGUGAAAUUGAUGUGUAAACUAUCAGGGACCAUUCAUACAGCUAGAUGUCAUCCAGUUUGUGUGUUAGUGUGGAGUGCCAGGUCAUAUCAUUUCCUCCCUCUGGGGCUUCCCUUUGAAGAGCCAAACUCAGAGCAAACCGUACACAGCCAUCCGUCAGCUAACUUUAAAAAAAAAAAAAAAAAAAAAAGGAAAAAAACUUAGAAAUGAAAUUCCAGAUCCACAGUGCGACUUAUCCCCAAAGCUAGUCCCGAGGCGUUCUGCCUUUUCUGCAUAUCUACCUUCACAGUGGUGUGGAAGAUGUUAUCGUCUGUGCUCGGUGCUCAAAGCAGACAUCUCGUCACGACAGAUCUCUCACUCUGCACUCGCCGCCACCAUCUCACCGCCAUGCAGUGUCCAUCACUUAACCUGCCAUCUCAUGCAUUUCCCACAGGAGGCCGGCUGCCUUGCGCCCUUCCUCCGGCUGGUGUAUUAGCCCAGUAGUGUAAUAUCUGGUCUUUCAUUGUUCAGUAAAUGCCACUAGCUCACAGUGAGCGCUUCGGAUUCCUUCUCCUCUCCUGCUGUGGUAAACAAGUCUCCAUGACUAGACUUCACUGCAUCUUAAAUUGCACUUUCUUCCUGUUGUCUUUUAACUGUCAUACUUUCUCUCCUACUGUGUCGCUGUGUGUCUGAGUCACUCUGUGUAAAUGUCUUUUUUAUGUGAUAUUUGCUGUAGAAAUGUUUUCGUUGAGAUAGAAUAUAUGAAGGCGUGACCUCUCCUGUAUUUGCUUCUUCAUGCUUAUUCAUUGGCAAAAAGCUGGAUGGAAGAACUUACAGAUGAGAUGGGAAUGAAUAAAGAUCAAUGAGCAAUCA